GAAUGUUGAUUGGCUGCUGUGCCGGCGCGUCACCAACAUAUAUAAGGCGUCCUGCGCUUUCCUUGUUCUUUCCCUCCUUUCAUCCCAGCAAGGGCAUUUGUCCCCCUCCAUUGGUCAUUUCUUCCGUCACAUUCAGUUCACUCCACAUUAACACUUGGAACCAUGUCUAAGGGACCAGCCGUUGGAAUCGAUCUGGGGACCACCUACUCCUGUGUUGGUGUGUUCCAACAUGGCAAAGUUGAAAUCAUUGCCAAUGACCAAGGCAACAGGACCACACCCAGCUAUGUGGCCUUCACAGACUCAGAGAGGCUAAUUGGAGAUGCAGCAAAGAACCAGGUUGCCAUGAACCCAACCAACACUGUGUUUGAUGCAAAACGACUGAUUGGCCGCAGAUUUGAUGACCCAGUCGUCCAGUCAGAUAUGAAGCACUGGCCUUUUAAUGUAAUCAAUGACAGCAGUCGCCCAAAGGUUCAGGUAGAAUAUAAAGGUGAAAGCAAAACGUUCUACCCAGAGGAAAUCUCCUCCAUGGUGCUGACCAAGAUGAAGGAAAUCGCUGAAGCCUACCUAGGAAAGACUGUCAACAAUGCUGUAAUCACAGUUCCCGCCUACUUUAAUGACUCUCAGCGCCAGGCCACAAAAGAUGCUGGCACAAUCUCUGGCCUUAAUGUUCUCCGUAUCAUCAAUGAACCAACUGCAGCUGCUAUUGCCUAUGGGCUGGACAAGAAGGUUGGGUCAGAAAGGAAUGUCCUCAUCUUUGAUCUUGGUGGAGGCACCUUUGAUGUCUCCAUCUUGACUAUUGAAGAUGGCAUCUUUGAGGUAAAGUCAACAGCUGGUGAUACUCAUCUUGGUGGAGAGGACUUUGACAACCGCAUGGUCAACCAUUUCAUUGCCGAGUUCAAGCGUAAAUACAAGAAGGACAUCAGCGACAACAAGAGGGCUGUCCGCCGUCUGCGCACCGCUUGUGAGAGGGCAAAGCGUACCCUGUCUUCCAGCACUCAGGCCAGCAUCGAAAUCGACUCACUCUAUGAGGGAGUCGACUUCUACACUUCCAUCACCAGGGCUCGGUUUGAGGAGCUCAAUGCUGAUCUUUUCCGUGGCACCCUGGACCCUGUUGAGAAGUCCCUUCGUGAUGCCAAGAUGGAUAAAGGCCAGAUUCAUGACAUCGUCUUGGUUGGUGGUUCCACCCGUAUCCCAAAAAUUCAGAAGCUUCUCCAGGACUUUUUCAAUGGAAAAGAGCUGAACAAGAGCAUCAAUCCAGAUGAAGCUGUAGCAUACGGAGCUGCUGUCCAGGCUGCCAUCCUCUCUGGGGACAAGUCUGAGAAUGUGCAGGAUCUGCUGCUGCUGGACGUCACCCCCCUGUCCCUGGGUAUCGAGACCGCUGGAGGAGUCAUGACUGUCCUGAUCAAACGAAACACCACCAUUCCUACCAAGCAGACUCAGACUUUCACAACAUACUCUGACAACCAGCCUGGUGUGCUCAUUCAGGUCUACGAGGGUGAGCGCGCGAUGACAAAAGACAACAACCUGUUGGGCAAAUUUGAGCUGACGGGCAUCCCCCCUGCUCCCCGUGGAGUUCCCCAGAUCGAGGUGACGUUUGACAUCGAUGCCAAUGGCAUCAUGAACGUGUCUGCUGUUGACAAAAGCACCGGCAAAGAAAACAAAAUCACCAUUACUAACGACAAAGGUCGCCUCAGCAAGGAAGACAUUGAGCGCAUGGUCCAGGAAGCUGAGAAGUACAAGGCAGAGGAUGAUGUCCAGCGUGACAAGGUGUCUGCUAAGAACGGCCUGGAGUCGUACGCUUUCAACAUGAAGUCCACCGUGGAGGAUGAGAAGCUUGCUGGCAAGAUCGGUGAUGAUGACAAGCAGAAGAUCUUGGACAAAUGCAAUGAGGUCAUCAGCUGGCUGGACAAGAACCAGACCGCUGAGAAGGAUGAGUACGAGCACCAGCAGAAGGAGCUUGAGAAGGUCUGCAACCCCAUCAUUACCAAGCUGUACCAAAGUGCUGGUGGAAUGCCAGAAGGCAUGCCUGGUGGCUUCCCUGGAGCUGGUGGCGCUGCCCCUGGUGGUGGGUCCUCUGGACCCACCAUUGAGGAGGUCGACUAAACGCUCAUGACCUCAUCUACCUCCUGGGAUGUUUCCUAAGAAAGGAACCCUCUUAUAGCUUAAGAUGCAAACAAGCUUGAGAGUGUAAUAAAGUAAAACAAGUUUCACAUCAGGGAACAACUUGUCUGAGUAGCAGAGCAGUUGGUAUUUUUGUUCAUUAUACUGAUUCCACUACCUUGACAAUAAACUUUAAAACCAUGAAA